GUGACCUUCAAGUGCUCAGCCUCUCCAUAAGCCAUUUGUGCCGCUAUCCUCUAUCGUCUCUUUACCUUAAGUAAUUCAUGAUACGAUUCUACGGUCUUAUUUUAUGGUUUUCAUAUCUGUGGAGCAUUACUGAAAUCUGGUUAAAUUAAUUUGAGUGCAGAAAACUAGAAGCCUCUGUUAUCUGUAAUCUUAAUUCUUCAACUGAUUUUUGGGGCUGUAAUUGCUAAGGAUUUCAUCCCUCGGUCAUUCUAAUGGCUCCAAAACUUAAUUGUUGUAAUCACUUUGUGUAUAUUUUGUCAAGAUUUCGAAUGAACGACGUGAAAUUAUUUCUACUUGGAUUGGGAUUUGUAUUUCUUAUCAGAUGGGCUACCAAUUUGUCUGAAAAACCAAAAUUUAAAUGUCUGUCUGAUGGUAGUUUGAUCUGGAAUACAAAAAAUUAUUCCCUAUUCUCUUUAACUGAUGUUAGCUAUGCUCAAAAUCUUGCUAAAAAAGUGAAUAUUUAUUGCUUUGUACUGACGGAACCUCGAGCACAUAAAUCGAAAGCAUAUCAUGUUCAAACAACGUGGAUUCGAAGAUGUACUCGGUAUGGUUUUAUCAGUUCAAAACCAGAAAAACUGCUUAAAAUGCUCCCUGUUAACAGAACACAUAAUUAUAAUAAGCAUUCAUGGAUUUCAAUGCGUGAAACUCUUCGUGCAGUCUAUGCUCAAACAUAUAAAGCGGCUUAUUUUUUAAAAGCUGAUGAUACAACCUAUAUAAUUUUAGAAAAUCUAAGAAAUGCUUUAGAGUAUACAAAUCCUCGGGAACCGUUUAUUAUGGGUCAUAUUCAUGAAAUUAAACCAAAUGAAUUCACUUUAUCUGGUAGUUUUGGUUAUGUAUUAUCACAAGCAGCUCUUAACUUAAUUGUUCGUAAAGGAUUAGAUAAAUUACCUGAAUGUGGACCAAUUCCACAUGUUCGUGAAGAUGCUCAAAUAUCUAUAUGUGCAAAAGCAUUAGGCAUUGAACUUAGAGAUAGUAUUGAUAUGUUUGGAAAGUCAAGAUUUAGUAAUACUUCAAUCAAAGAGAUUUUUAAUCCAUUUAAAAAUGGUACACCUCGAUGGAAUCCAAUAGAAACAGAUUAUACUCAACAAGUGUAUAAUUUAAAGAAACUUCCAGCAAGUCCGUUACUUAUCAGUUUUGGUGGUGUAGAUCCGAUCAAAAUGUAUAUUUUAGAAUAUUUAAUUUAUCAUCUUCGACCAAUUGGUAUAACUCAUAGGAUUAUACAAGAAAUACCUUAUCCAUUAACAAGUGCUUACAAUAAUAUUAACAACCAAGUCGAGAUUGUAUAUUGAAUAAAAUUAAAAAUUUUAUUUGUAUGACGAUACUUUUUUUGUUUACUUUGUAUUGUAGUCUCUCUGUUUGCUCUGUUUCGCUAGUCGUCUGUCUGUACAGUUAAUCUAACUAAAUUUAAAUACGCCCAUCUUUUUUUUUAAUUAUCACUUUUCGCGCCAUCAUGCUAAACUUCAUUUAACCAUAUCUCAUCAUCAUCAUCAUCAUUGUGGUUUAUUUCCUUUGCUCUUUCUUUUUGAAUUAUUUUCUACUAAUCUGUACAGUAUGUAUGAUCGUCUUUUCUUUUAAACUUUCAUUCUUAUUCUUACACGACAUAUUGCUUUCUUUCUUUGUUCUAUUUUUCACGAAUGUUUCAUUGGAACAUUGAUCAUAAUACAUAUGUGUACAUACAUUAUUUUUGAAUUUUAUAUUAACCUUGAAUACAGUCUGAAAAGUGAAAUCAACUGCGGAGUUUUUAAAUUCAAAUGUAGUCUGAUAAUUUUUGUAAUCAUUCUUGAAUAUUUCGUGUUUUUUCUUCUGCUAAUGCACAUUGAAAAUGAUACCUAGCCUAGACUGAUAUCGAAACGACCGCCAUUCAAAUUUAAAUCUUGAAAUACUACAAAUAUGAACUACAAAAGAAGAAAGAUUUUACAUGCUUUCUCUUUUCAUAUCUUUUUUUAUUUUCUAGGCAUUUUAGUCUCUUUCUUUUAAAAGAAAAUAUACUAAACUCUGUGAUUUAUUCAUAUUUUAUACAUAAUUGUGAUUAUUUUACAGGUUAUCUUUAAUAUUUGUGUAGAAUAAUACUACGCAGAAUUCAUUGUAAUACCUUUUGUGUGAUAAACACUCUUUACGCCUUAAAGAGUCUGUAGCAUUCCAAAUGAAUAUAAAAGGCAUUUUUAUUGACCAGUA